AUGUCCAGUGGCAACUGUGUUUACGACAAGCCUCUCCGGUCUAAGGACAGGCAACGUGGCAUCUCCGAGAUCAUAGUGACUGCGUCCGGCUCAGUCAACACAACAGUGAACGAGCCAAACGUCUUUCAUUGGCAGUUGUACCUCGCGCUGGACGAGGCACCGGAUAGCUCUGCACCAGACACAAAAUCCGUCCUCAUCGACAUGAUCCCCGCCAAUCCUCCUACUGGCACGAUGUACCUCAGUAGUCUUUCCACCCGAGGGCUCGACGCCCAACCCAAGAUCGAGCUCGCGAUCAGCACCUCUGGGACGCCACCUCCCACUGUUCAGCGGCUCGUGGAUUUAUUCUUCGAGAACGGCAUGGCUCGCUACAAGUUCGACGACAGUGGCUCAGGGUGCCUGCACUGGCUUAUGACCGGGAUGCAGCACCUUGAAGAUGCGGGUCUUGUCGAGCCGGGAGCGAGCGAGCGCCUGCGUGCCUUCCAUCGCGAGCAGGUCAAGCUCCAUCCGGAGAGGCAUCCGAUGCCUGUCAGGCAGGGCACGUUUUACUGGUAUGUUGCUUUCAUAUCUCUCAUGCUACAAGGGUUCAACGAUGAUAUCGUCCCAGAUGCUUGGUCCUCUAUCGGGAUUGCCUUCGCGAAUGUAACUGUAUUGAUGUGGAUAUCAACUCACGAGGUGCUCCCACAAUCGGGAGGAACGAUUGUCUCUACCCCGAACGUGAGGCUGGUUUACAAGCCUAGUGUGCACAGAGCGUCUGACAUGGUCUGGGGGCGGUUGCGGCACGAUGCCAUCUGUACUCCUUGA